AUGUUCACAUUUCUUUUACUUUUAUCUAUCUGUACAUGUUUAUUGGCUCUUUAUCUAGUUCAUAUUCAUCGAUGCUAUUCAUUUUUUAAACAUCUCGGUAUUAAUGGACCACAGCCCAUAUUUUUACUUGGUAAUAUAAUCGAUUUUGUUCGUACAAAACGUAUAUCAGCGUGCAUUCAAAAUUGGACAAAUCAAUUCGGUCAAAUUUAUGGUUAUUUUGAAGGUCAUACACCAAUACUUGUUGUAUCAAAUCCGGAUAUUUUACAUGACAUAUUUAUAAAACAUUUUUCAAAAUUUCAUUCACGCCGUCAAUUUCCAUUGGAAGAUCGUCGUACAACAAAAGGUGUCCAUUUAUUUAGUGCUACUGGGAAUCAAUGGCGACGACAACGAGCUAUUAUCAAUCCAACAUUUUCCUCCCUUAAAAUGAGACGAAUGUUUCCAAUAAUCGAUGAUUGUAUAUCAACUUUAUUAAUUAAAUUAGAAGAAUGUAUGAAAGUAUCGUCUGAAGGUUUUGAUAUUUAUAAAUUAUAUAAAUGUCUUACAAUGGAUCUUAUUUGGAGAUGUUGUUUUGGUAUCAAAACUGAUAUGCAAAGUGAUUCAAAUGAUCCAUAUUUAAAACGUUCUCAAGAAGUAUUUGCUAGAGAAAAUUGUACAUAUUUGGCUACAUUAUUAGGUAUAUUUAUACCAGAAUUACAACCAAUAUGGUUAACAAUUCAUUGUUGGACAAAUUGUAUUAAGGCUACAUUUCGUCGUUUAUUGCCAAUGGGUGAAAAAAUAAUUGCAGAUGAUCCAAGUGAAUGGCUUAAAGAUAAUGUUGAUUAUUUUAUUAAAAGAGCACAAAUUUAUCAAACUAAUAAUAAUGAUUAUAAUACUAAUACAACUAAAUCAAUUGAUUUAAUUCAUUUAAUGCUUGAUGCAGCAGAAAAAAAUUCCAUUAAGAGUAAUCAGCAUGACAGUACUGAACGAAUUUUAUCAUUAAAUGAAGUAAAACAAAAUAUUUAUUUAUUUAUGAUUGCCGGCUAUGAAACUGCAAGUACAGCUCUUGCUUAUGUUACUCAUAUAUUGGCUACACAUUUGGAAGAACAAAAAAAAUUACAAAAUCAUAUUGAUUCUUUUUUAAAUGUUGAUAGUAUUCUUGAUUAUGAUAUUAUUAAUAAAAUGGAAUAUCUUGAUUGGUUUAUUCGAGAAACUUUACGUAUGUAUCCAAUAACAUCAAUUAUUAUUAAUCGAGAAUGUUCAGAACCAAUUGAUUUACCUGGUUUGGGUCGUAUUUUUCCGGGCACUAAGGUUACACUUGAUAUGUAUAGUUUACAUUAUAAUAAUGAUUUAUGGGGACCAGUAGAUACGAAAAUAUUUUAUCCAGAAAGAUUUGCAACCAAACGACAUCCAAUAGCAUGGGUAGCAUUUGGUAUUGGUCCUCGCAAUUGUGUUGGUAUGCGAUUUGCUCUUGCUGAAAUAAAAAUUGCAAUAAUACGUCUUUUACAAAAUUAUACAGUAUUACCAGCAUCAAUGAAUGAUAAUAAUUUAGAUCUAAUUGAACUAGUAACAAUUUCACCAAAACAAGUAUCAAUUAAAUUGGAACAACGAGCAGAUAAAUAG